GCGUGAGCAGGGGGAGGAGCUGCAGCGGCCGCGGCCACUCAAGCUGGUCGGUGGCGCCGUGGUGACCCGCUGAAGGUGCGGGCUGCUGGUCCCGCGUGGAGAAGGCGCGGCGGUUCUGGGGCCAUGGAGCCUGGUGACGCGGCGCGCCCUGGCCCGGGUUGGGCUGUCCGAGUGCUGCCAUCAAAGCUGCUACUGCUGUCGCUGCUGCUGCCGCUGCUGCUGGGUUGGGGGCUGCGUGCCGGGGCUGGGGCCUCUUCCUCUGGGGCGGUGGCGGAGGACAGCAGCGCCAUGGAGGAGCUCGCCACCGAGAAAGAGGCUGAGGAGAGCCACCGGCAAGACAGCGUGAGCCUGCUCACCUUCAUCCUGCUGCUCACCCUCACCAUCCUCACCAUCUGGCUCUUCAAACACCGCCGGGUGCGCUUUCUGCACGAAACCGGGCUGGCCAUGAUCUAUGGGCUCAUCGUUGGGGUGAUCCUGAGAUAUGGCACCCCUGCUACCAGUGGCCAUGACAAAUCACUGAGCUGUACUCAGGAAGACAGGGCAUUCAGCACCUUAUUAGUGAAUGUCAGUGGGAAGUUCUUCGAGUACACUCUGAAGGGAGAAAUCGGCCCGGGCAAGAUCAACAGUGUAGAGCAGAAUGACAUGCUGCGGAAGGUAACAUUUGAUCCAGAGGUAUUUUUCAACAUUCUUCUGCCCCCAAUUAUUUUCCAUGCUGGAUACAGUUUAAAGAAGAGACAUUUUUUCAGAAAUCUUGGCUCUAUUCUUGCCUAUGCCUUUUUGGGGACUGCAGUUUCUUGCUUCAUUAUUGGAAAUCUCAUGUAUGGCGUGGUGAAGCUCAUGAAGAUUGUGGGCCAGCUCUCUGAUAAAUUUUACUACACAGAUUGUCUCUUUUUUGGAGCAAUUAUAUCUGCCACUGACCCAGUGACUGUGCUGGCGAUAUUUAAUGAACUGCACGCUGAUGUGGAUUUGUAUGCACUUCUGUUUGGAGAGAGUGUCCUAAAUGAUGCUGUUGCCAUUGUACUGUCAUCGUCUAUUGUUGCCUACCAGCCAGCAGGGCUUAACACUCAUGCUUUUGAUGCUGCUGCCUUUUUUAAGUCAGUUGGAAUUUUUCUUGGUAUAUUUAGCGGCUCUUUUACCAUGGGAGCUGUAACUGGUGUUGUGACUGCUCUAGUGACCAAAUUUACCAAGCUACACUGCUUCCCUCUGCUGGAGACGGCGCUCUUCUUCCUAAUGUCCUGGAGUACAUUUCUCUUGGCAGAAGCGUGUGGAUUUACAGGGGUAGUGGCUGUCCUCUUCUGUGGAAUUACACAAGCUCAUUAUACCUACAACAAUCUGUCUGUGGAAUCAAGAAGUCGAACAAAACAGCUCUUUGAGGUGUUACACUUCCUGGCUGAGAACUUCAUCUUCUCCUACAUGGGCCUGGCACUGUUUACAUUUCAGAAACACGUUUUCAGCCCCAUCUUUAUCAUCGGUGCUUUUGUUGCCAUCUUCCUGGGCAGAGCUGCGCACAUCUACCCACUCUCCUUCUUUCUCAACUUAGGCAGAAGGCACAAGAUUGGCUGGAAUUUCCAACACAUGAUGAUGUUUUCAGGCCUCAGGGGAGCAAUGGCAUUUGCUCUGGCCAUCCGAGACACAGCCUCAUAUGCUCGCCAGAUGAUGUUCACGACCACUCUCCUCAUUGUCUUCUUCACUGUCUGGAUCAUUGGUGGAGGCACAACACCCAUGUUGUCCUGGCUUAAUAUAAGAGUUGGUGUGGAGGAGCCCUCCGAAGAGGACCAGAACGCAUACCGCUGGCAGUACUUCAGAGUUGGUGUUGAUCCAGAUCAAGACCCACCACCCAACAAUGACAGCUUUCAAGUCUUACAAGGGGAUGGCCCAGAUCCUGCUGGCGGAAACCGGACCAAGCAGGAGAGUGUAUGGAUAUUCAGGCUGUGGUACAGCUUUGACCACAAUUACUUGAAGCCCAUCCUCACCCACAGUGGUCCACCACUAACCACCACUCUCCCAGCCUGGUGUGGUUUGCUAGCUCGAUGUCUGACCAGUCCCCAGGUAGAUGAUAACCAAGAGCCACUGCGAGAAGAAGACUCAGAUUUCAUCCUCACUGAGGGUGACCUCACCUUGACCUAUGGAGACAGUGCAGUGACUGCCAAUGGCUCCUCGGGCUCCCACACAGGCUCCACCAGUCUCGAGGGCAGUCGGAGAACCAAGGGCAACUCAGAAGAAGUGCUGGAGCGAGACCUGGGAGUGGGAGACCAGAAGAUGUCAAGCCGGGGCACCCCUCUUGUGUUUCCUCUGCAGGAAAAUGCAUGACUUUCCGCCAUCCCUAAACCCUGAAAUGAUAGGGUGAGGCCCUGAGGGGUGAGGAUGGCUGUACCCCCCUCUAGUGUGUUUGAGUGGGGGCAUUGACUGGAUUGAACAAAUGCUUCUGUUUUAUUGGGAUCUGAAGCUAUGGUAACAUUUAAAAUUUAACCCAAGGUGCAGAUGGUGAAGCUAGAGUAUCUCUAAAUUAAGACAAAUGCAGACCAUACUCCCAGUUUUUCACAUAGUACUGCUGUUUUCCAAGUUAAGCAAACAAAAUAAUAGCAUGCUUUAAACAGUCUCUUAAUUUGUCUGCCUGCCACAUCUGAACAUAGGGUGGCAGAGCAGAGACAGGGCUUCUGCCUGGCUAUCCAUGAGACACUCCAGGGUGUGCCACCGUGUGUCCAGCUGGCUUCGGGAUAUCAAGUUAUGGGAGAACAGGCUACAAGAAAGUCAGGGAGGAAGGCAAUUGAAUUAGCCCUCCAAGGAUUCUGAGAUGCUGCUGUUAAGACAGGACAGAAAAGGUUAUUGGAUUGGAGGCUGUGCUUUGAAGGCUGUGAGUGCCUCCUAUCAGGAGUCCUAGUCUUAGGCUACCUGUGUUUCUCCUAACAAAAUGGACAUUAGAAAAAGGUACCCAUGAGCCAUUGCAAAGCAGGGGCAAGACAUAGGUUACCUCCUCUGGAAAUUUCCGUGAAGAAGUCACUGAAAUGUUUAAAACCAAAGGCAAAUAGUAUUACACUUGUGGGUUUUAAAAAGUCAGUCUGAGAACAGGAGAUACUUCAAAAGUGGUAAUGGUAUAAUUGGAGAAAUGGUUCAACUUUUGAGGGUUACUAUGAGUUCUGGCUGUCUGGGAAAUGGCAAAAAAGAACUGAGCUGUUGUCUGUGGGGUUAAAAUAUCACCAUAUGUAGGAUGCUUUUACCUGGGACAGAGAAAGCAGCAAGGGACUAAAGAGACCAUAAGCUAGUUUCUGGAGGAAAGAAAUCUCAAUGCAAACAAAUAAUAACCUGCAAAUAAAAUACAAGCUAAGAGUUUUGACUGGGUAGAUUUGCAAACUUUGAGUAAGUGGCCACAUGAGAAAGGAGAGGCAAAGGAAUGAGCCAUGGAACAUUGCUCAGCCCAACAGAAAGUUCUAUCUUAUAUCAGAUUAGGAAUCUAGGUGUCUUGACACCAUGUGCUGUGCACAAAGGAAUCAUUUUCUUGGUAUCUGGAGUGGCGGGCUGCUUUACCAGAUUAAUGGGGGUGUGGCUUGAAAUCUAGGUUUAUAGAUUGAAUUCUUUCUGGGUGAGUUGUUCUUCCUGUCCAUACAUGUAAUCGGCAAAAUACUGAGAACUGUUGGGGAAAACAUGAGUUUCUCUCUGUCUCUGUGCUUUAGCAUUUGGGGCAACCAGUUUAUGAAAUCAUGCUUUUCUAACUUAAAGACAUUUUUCUUCUUGUUGCAGACAAAAUAGUUGUCCCACACUAGUAGAUCAUAAUGACAUCAGCUCCUUAACCUCCUGAGGUAACAUUUUUAAUAUUUAAUGGUUUUUCCUCUUAGAAUCUCACUGCAUUGCCCAGGCUAACCUCAAACUGGACUCCAACAAUCCUCUAGUCUCAGCCUACCACGUAGUUGGGAUUAUACUAGGUGUCAGCUAGCACCCUGCUAAAUGAUCAUUUUCAGAUCAAACCUUCAUGACUUUGUGUUUGGAUUGAUAAUGUGUGCAGUUAAAGAAAAAUUCAUUAAAUGUUCAUCGAUAUGAAGUUGCUGGUAUUCAAAUAUUUUUUAAAAAUCAGAAAAGGCAAUUUCAUAUCUACCAGUAUAAUAAAACAGGGUGAAAUUUUUCACUUCUUUCCUUCUUAAAAAGUCCAUUUUGAUUUUGUGGUUAUCUGUGGAUUUUGUAAGUUUGAAGAAAACUCAUCUCAUGAGGGCUCAAGGUCAGAGAAGAGCUUUCUUACAGCCCUGGAGAGGAGGAAAUGAGGAAAUGAGGUUAAGGUGGGAAACAGCAGCUGCCUGGCUUGGGGAAGCUGGCCAUGUAUACAUGUGGUCUACAGGAAUAUUUAUUUUAACAAUAAUUUUCUCAAUAAUGAUCCAUCAUAAUAUAAACCUUAAAAAGUGGGACUUAAUUGGGUUUUUUAAGGUGUACUUUUUCUAUGUUGCCCCACAGUGGCCUUGAACUUGCAAUCUGACCUUCCCCAGCCUCCCAGAACAGCUGGAAUUACAGGCAUGCACCACUGCCUCUAGCAUUAGAGGAAUAGGCUAAUUCACUCUGUGACUGGGACUCUAUAAACCUUGCUUAUGCUGCUGGCUUAAUUUUGGAGAGAAAAAAAAACUUAUAGGAAAACUCUGCUGGUAGUCAUAGGGAAAAUCCAGGCAAGUAGGCUACACCCUGUCUUCAUCCAUUUCAGGGCUUAAUUGCCAGUUUUAAAAAGUCAAAGCUGGGCUCUAGCUCAGUGACAGAUGCUUGCCUAGCAUGUAGGAGACCUUGGCUCCAUCCCAGCGAACAAACACUAAACACACACAUACAUACAGACACAG